AUGGAGCAAUUUCCUCAGGGUCGUAGAGACCGCAGCGGAGGCUGCCGACCCCAUCUGGCCCCAGGGCGGGCUGCUGCUCCUGCUUCGGCCGCGCGGUCGGUGUCGUCGGGGAUCCCGGUGUCCGCGACUUUCCUGCGACCGCCUGGCCUUUUCCUGCGAUCGACUGCAAGCGCGGGUCGCGCAGGAUGCGCUCCCGGCCCUGGGCUGGAUAGGGCGUUGGGGGCGGCAGGCUGCGGCUACCCGCGGACCCCGAAGUGCGCGCGUUGUCGCAACCACGGCGUGGUGUCAGCGCUCAAGGGCCACAAGCGCUUCUGCCGCUGGCGGGACUGCGCCUGUGCCAAGUGCACCCUGAUCGCAGAGCGGCAGCGUGUCAUGGCUGCACAGGUGGCGCUGCGCAGGCAGCAGGCGCAGGAGGAGAGCGAGGCCCACGGGCUGCACAGGCUCCUGUACCAGGGGCCGUCGGGGCCCGGGGCUCCGGCCUCGGGGGACAGCGGCAGGACCGAGAGUCCCCAGGUCUUGAGCAGCCCCGUGGCUGUAGCUGCCCUGGGAGCGGGUGCCUCUAGACACCCUGGAAGCCGGUCAGUCCCAGCUUUCGAGGUUUUCCAACAAGAUUAUGCUGAAAGAAAGCAGGAACCAAAACAGAGUAACUGUGAGUCAUGCCAGAGCAGACGCGAAGAGCCAGCCUCCAGCGUUCACCUCCGUUCCCUGGGACAAUCUAAGGGUAACGUUACUGCGGGGAAACAGAGCUUCAUGUCGCCGAUGUCAGAACACUCGGACAAAUCCACCAUCAUCCUGUCUCCUUGCCCCACGGACCAAUCGGGAGAAGACAGCCCCAGGUCCUUCUCUUCCUCUGACCUGGAAUCAGGGAAUGAAAGCGAGUGGGUGAGAGACUGCAUUCCUACCAGAGCCAGCCUUUCCUCAGUGACCUCGAGACCACGAGACCCUCUCGGAAUUCUUACCAGGAUUUUUCCAGGUUACAGGCGUAGUGGCCUAGAAGGCAUCCUACAAUUCUGCAAGGGAGAUGUAGUCCAAGCGAUUGAACAGAUCUUAAAUGGGAAGGAACAUAAGCCAGACUGCAGGGACCUAGCACAUGCAGACUUGGAAAAUGCAGCCUUUCAGAGAGCUUCAGAGUUUAGUCUUGCUGGCAUUGGCUUUGGGACUCUCAGUAAUAAAUCAGUUCUCUCUCCUCUUGAGGCUGCGUCUGCUGCUUAUGGAGGAGAUUCAGCUCUCUAUAGCUUCAAUCCCAGACUAGCUUUCAGCCCACUGCGCCUGGCAUAUUCUACUCCGGGAAGAGCGCUGUCUGGCUUUGUGUCGCCCUACCUAACGCCUGGACUGGUUCCAGCAUUGCCUUUUCGUCCAACUUUGGAUUAUGCAUUUCCAGGGAUGAUUAGGGAGCCGGCCCACCUUCCUAACAAACACUUAGUAACUGGUGGGAGACUGUAUUUCAGACCCAGUCAGGAGCAUCUGUAACACACCCACUCUACCAUUCUGCAGUGUUUCUGGAGCUAUACACCACACACACACACACACACACACACACACACACACACACACAAACACACACACACUUUUUAAUGUACUUAAAAGAGCAUAAGCAUGGCCUCUCAGUCUUAAAUGCUUUUUUCUAAGCAGUGUAAUAUACUUUAAAUUUGAAGACUUUUCUUUAGCAUUCAUUCAAUCGAAGAAACAUUUAAUCAUUAUAUGUGCCUUGAAUAAACUUA